CGGAUGCACAAACGGUUCAAUCGUUUGGUUGAUCAAAAAAAAAAAAUUCAAAUCGUUUUAGUUGGAUUCAAGUUUAUCAAACUAAGACCGACAAAAAUCAAUCACAUUCAUCAUAUAAAAUAUAACCAAAUCUUUGGCAGCGAAACCAAAUUUAAAAGAAAUUUAAAAAUUAAUUUUUGAGUGAGUUUCCAUCUAUUUUUUUAACGAAUUGCUUGCAACAGUUGAGAAAUGAGCCAAGAUAAAAGUGUCAGAGUCUAAAAUAUUGAAUGCAUUUUGUUUGGUUUGUUGACCGAAUGGAUAGUUUGCUGUUUUGUUUGUUAUUAUUAAAGUUGUGGACUUAACAAAGAGAUUUAUAAGGGACUGUCAAUUGUUUAUUGCAUUUGCGCAACGAAAAACGGAAAAUAAAUUAAAAGCUUGGAAACUUUAAAUUGAAUAUCACGCGUGAAGGACGAAAGAGUUUCGCUCAGUUUGUUGUACACUGAGUCAGCAUAUUUAACCAUUUGUCUCGAAUCCUACAGGGAUUCGGGCCAACGUUUUAAUUGAAAGGACAUCUUUUUAGAUAAAUCACGAACGUUAUUAGCUCAUCACUGGUGCUUCAAUGCCAGGCAAUCGCAGAGGACUGCUAGCCCCACAAAAUACGUUUUUGGAUACAAUCGCAACACGAUUUGAUGGGACCCAUUCAAAUUUUGUUCUCGGUAAUGCGCAAGUGUCUCAUUAUCCUAUAGUUUAUUGCAGCGAUGGAUUUGUUGAGCUUUCGGGAUUUUCUCGGGCCCAAAUUAUGCAGAAAGGGUGUGCAUGCCGUUUCCUGUAUGGGCCGGAAACAAAGGAAGAUCACAAAUCACAGAUUGAAAAGAGUUUAGACGGAAAACUUGAACUGAAACUAGAAGUGAUAUUUUAUAAAAAGAAUGGUACUCCAUUUUGGUGUCUAUUGGAUAUUGUACCGAUUAAAAAUGAAAAACGUGAGGUGGUUCUUUUCUUGGCAUCACACAAAGAUAUCACACACACAAAAAUGUCUGAAAUGUCAAUAUCUGAUGAAUGUGAUAGUGUGUUUGCACUUUCAGCCGCAUUGCUGGGUGCACGUUUUAGGUCGAAUGAUUCGUCAUUGUUGGGUGCAUCAGGUGGUGAUGAUGGAUGUAAUCCGAAUUUCGAAGUACCUGCUGGCGUGAAUAUGGGUCGACGACGAUCACGUGCUGUUCUCUAUCAAUUGUCGGGCCACUACAAACCGGAAAAAAUAAAAACCAAAUUAAAAUUAAACAAUAAUCUCCUGCAUUCGACGGAAGCUCCAUUGCCCGAAUAUAAAACGCAAGCGUUGAAAAAGUCACGAUUCAUUUUAUCACAUUAUGGUGUGUUCAAAGGUUGUUGGGAUUGGCUGAUUUUGGUUGCUACGUUUUAUGUAGCCGUAGCUGUUCCGUACAAUGCUAGUUUUGUGACGUCGAAUCGUCUCACCAUGCCAUCAGAUGUUAUGGUCGAAGCCUUAUUUAUCGUAGAUAUUUUAUUAAAUUUUCGGACAACAUACGUAUCGCGCAAAGGUGAAGUGGUAUCCGAUUGGAGAAAUAUAGCGCUGAACUAUUUAAGGGGUUGGUUUGUGGUCGAUUUAUUGGCAGCACUUCCGUUUGAUCAUCUAUAUGCGAGCGAUCUAUAUAGCGGUGAGCAAGAAUCGCACAUACACUUGUUGAAAAUGACGCGUUUGCUACGGUUGGCACGGUUGUUACAAAAAAUGGAUCGAUACUCACAAUACGCUGCCAUGAUUCUCACGUUGUUGAUGCUUUGCUUUUCACUUGUUGCACACUGGCUCGCUUGUAUAUGGUACGUUAUAGCUGAAAAAAGCCAAACUGAAAACGACAACGACUGGGAUAUCGGAUGGAUGCAUGCAUUGGCUGACCGAUUGAAAAUACCCGUUAGUAAUAUAACGCAUAGUGAAGCUUAUGUCACCGCUUUGUAUUAUACGUUUACGAGUUUAACAUCGGUCGGUUUUGGAAAUGUUUCGGCCAAUACGAAAGGCGAAAAGGUGUUCACUAUCGUUAUGAUGCUGAUUGGUGCACUAAUGCAUGCUGUUGUAUUUGGAAACGUAACGGCAAUUAUUCAACGUAUGUACGCACGUCGAUCACAAUACCACAGCAAAUGGCGCGAUUUGAAGGAUUUUAUUGUGCUACAUCAAAUGCCGAGCGAAUUAAAGCAACGAAUGCAAGACUACUUUCAAACCAUGUGGUCUUUGAAUCAUGGAAUCGAUGUUUAUGAGAUCCUGAAAGAAUUUCCGGAGGAGUUGCGCGGCGAUGUUUCAAUGCAUUUACAUCGAGAAAUUUUGCAACUACCAAUAUUUGAGUCGGCAUCACAAGGCUGCUUGAAAUUACUUUCGCUUCAUAUAAAGGCAAACUUUUGUGCACCUGGAGAGUACUUGAUUCAUAAAGGGGAUGCCUUAAACUACAUCUACUAUAUUUUCAAUGGAUCAAUGGAAGUAAUGCAAAACAAUAUGGUCGUCGCCAUUUUAGGCAAAGGUGAUUUGGUGGGUUGUGAUAUAUCACAGCAUUUGUUGACCUGUUCGAAUGGUCAGGGUGGCGAAGGCCGACAUGGGACAAGUGGUUCACAGGAUGUGAUUGUGAAAAGUAGCAGUGAUGUUAAGGCGCUCACAUAUUGCGACCUGAAAUGUAUACAUCUGGGCGGUUUGGUUGAAGUACUGCGCUUGUAUCCAGAAUAUCAGCAAGAAUUUGCCAACGAUAUACAACAUGAUUUAACAUUCAAUAUGCGUGAGGGCUAUGAAAACGAAGCGGAAUCAGAUAUCGGACCAUCGAUGGUAUUGCCAAGCAUAAGCGAAGAUGAUGAAAAUCAAUCAGAUGCUGAAUCAAAGCAUACACCUUCACCUAGCAAGAGUAAUAGUUUAAUUAGGUCGCCAUUACACGGAUCACCAAGCCCAAGGCAUGGAAAAAUUUUGCAAAGGGGUAAAUCAUUGGCAACACUUCGUGAACGUGUCGAACGACAACGUUCUGUAACAUCGUCAGCCAAUCAUGGCACCGAGUCCAAUUCAUUGGAAGGUUUAAACUUGGAACGUGGCGACACAAACUAUAAAGCUCGUUGCGUUGAACAACUUGAUAAUCAAGUUAGUACAUUGCAUCAAGACGUGGCCGCACUCAGUGUAGAGGUACGUAAUGCUAUUCAAGCUCUACAAGAGAUGACCUAUUCAACGCUUGCAUCCCAAGUUGAUUUGGGUGGUGGUGGCCGUUUUCCACCGGCCCGUUCAAUUCCAAAUCUACCGAAUGAAUCACGUUCGAUGACAGCCCAAAAUACCGAUUCAUAUGCAUUGGCACGCAGUACAUCACAACCGGCUGAAACAUGGAGUCGUGAUUUAAUCGUUGAUUCAUCAUUGGCCGAAAGUCAUUGCAAUGAUAAUUCCGAUACCGUAAAAUCGGUAAAAGUUGGCAUUUCAAUAGCCACACAAACCGAUACAAAAACCGAUUUACCAGCCAUUGAAAAGUUUAUUGUACAAAAUCCACGUCUGGUGUUAAAUAUUUUGGGCAUCAUUGAGCCAACAUAUCAUAUUGAAUGUGAACUACAACCGCAAACAUUGAUAGCGAUUCCAGAGGCCGAUGCCAGUUCACCGGAGGCAACCAGUCCACCGGAUAAUCAAAAACGUUUUGCACUUGGUAUGGCAUCGAGUAAACCACAAUCACAAUCGUCAACCGUUUGGAGUUCACCGCAUAAUAGUAAUAAUAAAAAUGUCACUCAUUGCCGUUCAACCGAUGCACUUUUAUUAACUUCUUCAGACGAUUGUCUAUUACAAUCAAAUGAAAAUCUAAGCGGUGUUCAGGCAACAAUGAUGAGAACAACGGCGACGCCAGCAAUUGCGCCACCGACAACGACAAUUUGUGGAAAUACAAAUGAAAAUGUUGGUUUUAAUAUUGUUAAAGAAGGUUGCAUAAAAUCAAUGCGAAAUAUUACACCGGCCGAUUGUUCACGUUCGAAUAGUGCAACAAGUUUGUCGUCAAACAGCAGUUUAACCACGCCACCAAAGUGUAGUGCCAGUGAACGAAUCCAACCAAUGCCAUCCAUUAGCGGUCACAAACCGCGUAAAAGUUCACGCAAAGAAAAGCACAGCAGCAGUAGCAGUCACAGUAGUAGUAGCAAUUGCGGCACCACCACGAAUACCAGCAUCAGUCGGAAGUCAUUAGAUUUAACUGCAUAUAGUGACAAAAUUAUGCUACCGACUAUGGUAGAUUAUGUGAAAGACGAUGAUGACACAGCCAAUUAUGAUGAGCUCAAUGAGAAAUGUGCAUUACUUUACAAUGAUGUGCAUAAAAAUAGUAUAAAUCGGGCAUCAAUCACCGAUUUACAGAAGCGGAACCAUUUGAUGCCACGGCCACCAUUUAAUCAUCGAUUUUCAGCCGGCGAUGCCGAUAAAAUUGAGCGAGGCAUUAGAACCAUACCAUCAACACGAUCAUUAAAAGAUAGCUGAAUUAUGGAUUAAAUAAUAUUUUCCUUCUGUUUCCCGUAAUAUCCAAUGUUAAAUAAGCAUUCUGUCACACAAACAAAUACAGAGAAUCCAGAAUUUAGUCGUAAGUAAAAAUAUAUCGAUAAUUUCAUAACUUCUCAAUAAAACGAGAAAUGAAAAUAGACAGUAAAUUUGUACAGCAUUAAUGGGACAGAGUCCAAACAAAAUGAGAAAAUAAAUAACAAUGAUUAUGUGAUGACAAACAACUGACUAUUAACACAGAAUAAAAUUUAUUGGUAGAAAAUUAUUUAUAUAUAUAAAUAUUUAUAAAUAUUUUUUUGGUUUGUUUGUUUUUCAAAUUAUAAAUGGGUAGAAUUCAUGUUAAAUCAACAACCACAAUGAAAACAAAAACAACCACUUUAUUGACAAUGGACAAAGCUGUACAAAGACAAUGUAUAAAAAAAAUCGCAUUUCAUUGAAUGUUGAGCUAUCGUACCAUUGGAGCUUUAAGACUUAACAAGAAAAAAAAACAAAAGACAUCGUUGGCAUGUUUUUACAGGUUAUAUAUAGAUUUUUGUUCGCAAUGAAGGUGCUAAAUGAGUUUUAAAUAAAUAUGAAAACAAAAUAUAUAUGAUAAAUUAUGUUCAAGAGAUAGAAUGUGUUAUUGAUAAUGUUUUAAAAAUGCAGUGUUAUAAUAUAGGGGUUGAAAGCAUUCUAAUAUUUCAUGGUUCAUGGACAAUCCAAUUAUUGAACGGAUUCAUAUAAUUUAUGUUUUUUGCAUUUCGAAAUUGGUUAGUGUGGUGCGAAAAUGUGGUUCUAAUAUGCUAUGCGAGUACUUAACCCUCUAGUGCUAGGCCUGCCUUUAGGCGGGGUCUACAUAUUUUUGUCUAAAAUAUACACACAAAAAACACCUAACCUCAAUAUGAAUUUAUUUGACAUAAAAAUCAGUUUAUACCAAGUCUCAUCUGUUUUUUUUAUAAAUCCCUCCGAAAUUCUAUAUGUUAAGCACUUUGAUAUUUGAGCGGAAAAAUUGAUAUUUAGGUUAGGUUUUUUUUGUGUGUAUAUUUAAGCAGGAUUCCGUCUUUCAUUUGACGGUCAUUUGAUAAGUGUAUGUUAAGCGGUUGUUUAAUUAUAAACAUAGAUGUACGCAAAACCAGUGAUGAGCACAUUAGCUGGAUAAUUUGCCAUCACUGUGUACACCGGCUAACGAAUGCGUAAGCCAGCACUAACAUACGUCAGGAGAAUUGGACGUUUUCACACGCAUACUAUCAUACACAGUCACACAGGCAGUGCAGACAGUUAGCUGGCUAACGAUUGGUGUACAACAAAUUUUGGUAUACACCGAGGCUAAGACAACGCUGGCUAACGCAAAACCAUCACUGCGCAAAACAGAAAUAUGAAAAAAUAUUACCAGUCUCUUUGUUUAUAACACUUUAAACAAUGGUUUAAAUUGUUCUCCAAUUUUGUCAAUAGCAUUUUUUGUGUAAACUAUGGGAUUUUUUGCAUUUCGAUUAUUUUUUAAAAAAGAAUUAUAAACCAAAAUAAUCAUAGAAUAAUAGGUCUCAUGUCGAAUAUGGAAAAUAGUGCAUUAGAGGGUUAAGUCAGUAUAGUGACUUGGAGUUUUACUUCCAUCUUGUAUCCAACAUUUUCAAUUUUACACUGGUUAGAAAUGAAAAGUUUACUGAAUAAAUGAAUUUAUUUUGUAUUCCAUUUUUGAAAUCACCCCCACUGAGUCCAAAUUGAGAUUUUGUGUACACGAAAAAUGUUUAAUGCUGAAAAAGAUUACAAAUAUAGUAUCCACCUAUUAUUUCGGACGAAACAUUUCGCUCAUACAUUUAUUUUCGUUCGGAAAAAUCCUAGGAAACAUCUACACAACCACCAUGAGUCCCUGUAUAUUAAUAUAGGCGAGAAAAAAGUCGCACAAUAAUGCGUCAUCUGUUGACGUGGUUAUCAAUGUAUGUAAUUACAAAGGCAGAAUUGUUGGAUGGUGUCUUGACUAAAUUUUGAUAUCGGUUGUUUUCAACCACAAUUCGCACACGUCACCAGAUGACGUUUUUACAAUAUGACAUCUCUCAGUCAUGAUGGUUCUAUUGCUUUUUUUUUUUU